CAAACGCUGGAAACUAUCUUUUUGAAUUUGAUUUACAUGGAAUGUCCCCCUCGUACCACUGGAGGACGAAUUAUUCCACCCAUUCUUCCUUUCCCCACUUAUCCAAUUUCUGUCCUUUUCGAUUUUUCAUCUGUUGAAGGGCUCUCUAGCCAAGAACCACCAAUCGAUCUUUCUUGUAGAGAUAACCAAGUAUUUGAUCAGUUUAAUAAACUGUGUAUUAAUCUCACGUGUCCAGUAGGGUAUGAUCUCAUGAACGGCACUUGUCAAAGGCUUCCUGCAAAUUCCCAUUGCUCGUUCAAAGAAACGAUCCCUAUUUUUAUUGAAGUGGAGUGCAUGUAUAAUGUUGGAGACAUGUCAAACUGCCAUCCCGAUGUGCGUUUACACGAUUACGUAAUAUCUUUAAUCAAUGGAAAUUACAUAUCCCCAACGAAUUUUACCAUUAGUAGGUUCACAGCCGAAAUAAAGGAGAAUGAUUCAUUUACCAAAUGUUCUCAGACCUUGGACAUUUGGGGGUAUCUAGGAAUCAAUAUAGACGUCUCUCAAGAAAACCUUGACAGUGUAUUCUUGUCAACAAACCAACAAAGCUCAGCUGUGAAUGACAUCUGCAGCUAUAUGACUUUCAUGAUAUCUAUUGGAUGCAGCAAAAUCAAUGAAAGUUGCUCUAACAAAAUUUUGUCUACAGAUAAAUUUAUGAAAUCAUACGACAACGCAACGGGACAGUUAUUUGUUGUUGGGGAAACGAAAUACAGCCUUCGGGAAUCUCUCUAUGUAACUGAAUACGAUAUUUCAUCAUCGGAAAUGAACCUAAAACGAGAAAGUUUAAAGGGGUGCGAGGUUCCAUCUGAAACAUGUGCAUUAGUAUCACAGAACAUAUCACUAUUUGUUGAUUUGGGCAAUGGAUCUUACCUUUACUCGCCUCUUAACAGAACCCUGGCGCCGAGUGACUAUCUGGAUGUUGGAAAUGACACAAUUUUUGUUUGCUCUUACGUCUUGGUAAGUGAGCAGUCUGCUGCAGUAUUUCUUCGUUUUUCAUCUGCUCAAUCUAUUUUAAGCACCAUCGGCAUUUCCUUGUCUAUUAUUGCUCUUAUCGUAACAUUUGUUACUUAUCUCAAAUUCAACCUUCUUCGGAAAGCUACGUCGAACACUCUCAUCAUGAGUCUCUGCAUUACUCUGAUCUUCGCCCAAUCUAUCAUCUUAUUUAGUGGACUAGCCGCGAUGAAUUCUAAUGCGUGCCUCUCAUUUGCCAUCUUGGGGCACUUCAUGUGGAUCGCAGUUUUCUCUCACACAACGGCUCUUGCUUUCGAUUUACACCGUCGAUUCGGCAUAGCAACGAAAUUUGGCCGAACCGAUGAGGGCGCUGCUGUACUUUCAAGGUUCCUUCUGUUUGCCUGGGGAUGUCCAAUACUUGUGGUUGGUCCUUGCCUUGGAAUCUAUUUCAGCGGCACCAAGCUUCCACACUUCAACCUGACCUACAAAACAGUUACCUGUUGGAUCGGUGAUGGUAUGGCCAAUUUGUACGUCUUUGGAAUCCCCGUCGCUUCUCUCCUCGUCAUCAAUCUCAUUUUGUUCGUCAUGGUAGUUGCCGGUCUUCACCACAUGAGAAUGAGCCCUGUCAACAAACACAAGAGUACAGAUUCGAACACGUCAUCUGACCUUUUAAUUUACAUCAAGAUGUCCACUCUGCUUGGUUUCACCUGGGUCUUUGGUUUCGUAGCUGCCUUCGCUAACGUCACAGCUCUCUGGUAUAUCUUUAUCAUCCUCAACUCUCUCCAGGGAGUCUAUAUCUUCAUUGCCUUCAUCUGCAACAAGCGUGUAUUCAAGCUCUGGCGGGACUCUUGUACAUGCCUCGAUAGGGUCUCCUCAACUUCGUCCUCCAAGUCAAGGGCGACUUCGUCAGACGUGGUGACAAUGAAAAAAUCGGACUGGAAAACGACAACUAGCGAAUCGAUGCUCUGAAAGAACACCCGCAUAAUGGUCGGCUCAGCAAUCGACAAUCAUCUAUACAGGGAUAUUACAGUAGACCUACAACCCACUAGAAGGGCACAACACGAGACCGAUAAAAUCAAGAAAUGAAUUAAUAAUUUUCUCGUGAGCUGUUGGUUUUGUCGGAUGUCGGUCAUGUGGGCUACAGCCAAAUUACACCGGGUGCAGUACAGUUUUCUGACAGUGUGUUAUUGUACUUUACCAGAUGUUUCGGGGUCAUCACAGCAGAUCGAUAGCCCACGAGACCGACAAAACAAGGAAAAUACACAACAAAAUAUUAUAUAGAAGUGGAGAACGUUGAUGUUCCACGAGACCGAUA